AUGGACUUCGACACCAUAAGAUCAAGAAUUAACAACCAAACAAUUAAGUCAAGUGUAGAACUUUUUCGAGACUUGCUCCUACUCACUAACAAUGCUUUAGUCUUCUACUCCAAAAGCACACGUGAAUACAAAUCUGCUAUACUACUAAGAGACACUGUCACCAAAAAAAUAAAGGAAAGUUUGAAGGGCACAAGUAACAAAGUCACCACUCAAGUUACUAAUGUGCCAAUUAAAUUACCUAUGCAACAUAAUCCUCAUGUGAAACCAAGAAGUAUACGACCAGGAAAUAGAAAAUCAGUUGCAAAAGCAACUAGUGGAAAUAACCUUGUAUCUGGAGUUUCACAUGAAACUAAGAAACCUGAUAAACUCGACUCUCCAUCCUCAGUAGAAUCCUUAAGUGUGAAGAAGAAAGGUUUUGGUCGACCCAAAAGAAUUGGACGAGGGACUGCAAAUCAAAAGCCUACAAUACCAACCAAGGAAAAGAAAAGAAAGUUUUCCAUGAAAGUGAACAAAAGUGAGAAGGCCAAUGCAUUCCGUGACAACAUUUACUUAUUUUGUUGCAUGUUUGAAAUCUUGGCUGCGCACAUCAAAAAAUCGCAGGUUGCGCUCCAACUAUUUAGCAGCUUCGAUGGAUUUAUUGCCUUUCGCUGUUCUGGGUCUGGAAGGGAAGAUCCGGGUGCAAAAAGAUGGGGAAAAAUCUUCAAUUUUGUUGGUAUACAAAGCUGGUUUGGCCGUCAAGUGUAUCCUUCAACUUCUGGUAAGUUGAAAGGCUUGCCGCAAGGUAUAAUACAUGCUAAUUCAGAUUUGGAGUUAAGACCAUUGUGGUCAAGAAGUAGUUCAAGGUCAAAGGCUAAUGUUUACUCUAAUCGUAGCUUACUGGCAGUUCCAGUUGGUAUUAAACAAAAGCAGAAUGUUGAUGCUAUGGUGCAGAAGUUUCUUAGAGAAAACUUCACAAUUAUUUUAUUCCAUUAUGAUGGCACUGUGGAUGGAUGGUGGAAUCUUGGUUGGAGUAGCAAGGCCAUACACAUUGUUGCUCAGAAUCAAACAAAGUGGUGGUUUGCGAAGAGAUUUCUACAUCCGGAUAUAGUCUCUAUUUAUGAUUAUAUCUUUCUCUGGGAUGAAGAUCUAGGGGUGGAGCAUUUUUCGCCUUCAAGAUAUGUUGAAAUUAUAAAGCAAGAAGGUUUGGAGAUAUCUCAACCAGCUCUUGACCCAAAUUCAACAGAGAUACAUCAUAGAAUUACAAUUAGAGCUAGAACCAAGAAAUUCCAUAGAAGAGUUUAUGAACGCAGAGGAAGUACAAGGUGUUCAGAUUCAAGUGAGGGACCGCCAUGCACUGGGUUUGUGGAAGGUAUGGCUCCGGUUUUCUCUCGAGCUGCCUGGUACUGUACUUGGCAUCUUAUACAGAAUGACCUUGUCCAUGGUUGGGGAGUGGAUAUGAAACUAGGAUAUUGUGCACAGGGAGAUCGAACCAAAAAUGUGGGAGUUGUUGAUAGUGAAUAUGUUUUCCACAAGGGAAUACAAACUCUGGGUGGCAGUGGUCAUAGAACAACAAAGGUUUCAAACCUGCAAAGGAGAACUACGAGGCAAAGUGGAACAGGAAUUGAUGUGCGAACCGAGAUACGAAGGCAAUCAACAUGGGAAUUUGAAAUUUUCAAAGAACGGUGGAAUGAAGCUAUUUCCCAAGACAAAAACUGGGUUGAUCCAUUUAAGAGUGACCAAAGACGAAUUAGAAAACGGCGUGACACUCAUCGCAUUUCUAAGCAUUCUACUAUUUAA